GGCUAAUAUAUUACGAAGGGCCGCGAGGCCCGUUAUCUCUGCAGCUUCAUGUAGAUAUGGAACCCGCUCGUUCUCGUCGCGAUUAUCUACACCGUCCAAUUCCACACAGCAGGCGCAACCCACCGUACCGAGAGCAUGGAUGCCAAUGCCCUAUGUGACUGAGACAGUGGCUGGAGGCUGGAAAACGUCCGACAUCUUCUCGCGCCUCCUCGCCGAGCGCAUCGUCUGCCUCAACGGCGAAGUCGACGACCCCAUGUCCGCCACCAUAACCGCCCAGCUGCUCUUCCUCGAAGCCGACAACCCCGAAAAGCCCAUCUCGCUCUACAUAAACUCGCCGGGCGGCUCCGUCACCGCGGGCAUGGCCAUCUACGAUACCAUGAACUACAUUCGCUGCCCGGUAACCACCAUCUGCAUGGGGCAGGCCGCGUCAAUGGGCUCAUUACUCCUCUGCGGAGGCGCUCCUGGAAACAGAUUUAUCCUGCCGCACUCGCGGGUUAUGAUUCAUCAACCGAGUGGAGGGUAUAGCGGGAAGGCGAGCGAUAUUGCGGAUCAUGCGAAGGAGAUACUGAGGGUGCGGGAUCAGCUGAAUAGGAUUUAUCAGCGGCAUUUGACCAAGGAGAGGAGUUUGGAUGAGAUUGAGAGGUUGAUGGAGAGGGACUAUUUUAUGGAUGCAAAGGAGGCGCUGGAGUUCGGUAUUGUGGAUCAGAUAUUGGAGAAGAGGGAGGCGGAGAAGAAGGAUUGAGGGAAUGGAGGUGUGUAGGAUAUGAUUGAGCAUCGUGCAUGUAUUCUAGCUCGUGGGAAGCUAUGGAAGGGCGGGAAGGAAGUUAGAAACCAUAGAACCGUGAUACUGACCAUGAGUGUGGGCUUGACUACUGCGCAAGGUCGACGCCAUGUCGCUCAACCGCAAUCCCCCC